AAGAAGAGGAUUUAGUUGUUCUCAAUUUAAAUGCAUCAAAAGAAAUCCGGGAAGCAUCAGAAGAUCGGAAAAGUAAGUAGCGAUAGCAUCUCUUCGAUUCCGACCAAACAACCACUACUUCCUUUGAUCAUCAUCGAUUCAAUUGAAACGAGCCUCAUCUCACCAUCCAAAUCCCCACGACAACCCAUCAUCAUCACAAAACACCCAAUGGCCCUUCUUUCUCCAACUCCAAUACCCUUUUUUCAACACCCCCUAUAAUGACCCAUAAUCCCUUUUCUCGUCUCCCAACUCUGUCUUCUUUCAAGAACCGUCGCCAAAGGGUUAAUCCUUUCGAUGCUCAACAACUUGGCAGCAAACUUGUUCAUCAUCUCAGCCGUGGGCGUUUUCUUUGCUUCCACUUCCGUUUUCUUGUUUUCUUCUCUCUUCCUUCGUUAUAUUUCUUGGUUUCUUAUCCACGGCGGUUUCUCGCGUUGAAUCUUGUCGCUUUGCUUGCUUUUUUGUUCACCCUUUUGGUUUCUCUUAACCUUUCACUCCCUCGAUUGCCUUCGAUUCAAUUACUUCUUGCCCGUUCUUUGCCGGCUAAGUUCAGUCAACUCAGUUCAUCUUCUAUAUCUUCCAACACUGUUGUUUGGUCGAUUGGGUCGAAGCUGAAAUCCGAGAAGAAGGCGAAUUCAGGGACUUGGGUGCAGGUUUACAGUAACGGGGAUGUCUAUGAAGGCGAGUUCCACAAGGGGAGUUGUUCAGGGAGUGGGGUAUAUUACUACUAUAUGAAAGGGAGGUAUGAAGGGUAUUGGAUUGAUGGGAAGUAUGAUGGUUAUGGUGUGGAAACAUGGGCAAAAGGGAGCCGAUAUCGAGGUCAAUAUCGGCAGGGAUUAAAGCAUGGAAUUGGGGUUUACAGGUUUUAUACCGGCGAUGUUUAUGCCGGGGAGUGGUCUAAUGGGCAGUGCCAUGGAUGUGGAGUUCAUAGUUGCGAGGAUGGUAGCAAAUAUGUAGGGGAGUUCAAGUGGGGUCUCAAGCAUGGGGUUGGCCAAUACAAUUUCAGGAAUGGGGACGUAUAUUGUGGGGAGUAUUUUUCCGACAAGAUGCAUGGGUUUGGUGUUUAUCAGUUUGGAAACGGGCACCGAUACGAGGGAGCCUGGCAUGAAGGAAGAAGGCAAGGAUUCGGUACAUACACUUUCAGAAAUGGUGAGACACAAUCCGGUCACUGGCAAAAUGGUGCUCUGGAUGUUCUUCAUGCAGAAACAGAAAACACUCAGUCCAGAGUCCUUCAUGCUGUCCAGGAAGCAAGAAGAGCUGCUGAGAAAGCUCGAGACAUCACAAAGAUCGAUGAGAGAGUGAAUAAAGCUGUGUCAGCAGCAAACAAAGCAGCCAACGCUGCCAGAGUGGUGGCUGUUAAAGCCGUGCAAAAACAGAUGCAUCAUCACGAAAUACCAACUGCAAUUGCCUAGUACGGAGCC